AUGGAAAAUGUAGAAAGGUUUGCCACGAGAUUGGCACCAGAGCUGAGAGGGUUAAGCUACGAAGAUAGGGAUGGUGAUGAUGUACCUCAGGAUCGUGAUGAUGUACCUCAGGAUGGUGAUGAUGUACCUCAGAAUGGUGAUGAUGUACCUCAGGAUGGUGAAGUUCCUCAGGAUGGUGAUGAUGUACCUCAGGAUGGUGAUGAUGUACCUCAGGAUCGUGAUGAUGUACCUCAGGAUGGUGAUGAUGAUGGUGGUGAUGUACCUCAGGAUGGUGAUGAUGUACCUCAGGAUGGUGAUGAUCCUCAAGAUGGUGAUGAUGUACCUCACGAUGGUGAUAAUGUACCUCAAGAUGGUGAUGAUGUACCUCAAGAUGGUGAUGAUGUACCUCACGAUGGUGAUAAUGUACCUCAAGAUGGUGAUGAUGUACCUCAGGAUGGUGAUGAUGAUGGUGAUGAUGUACCUCAAGAUGGUGAUGAUGUACCUCAAGUUGGUGAUGAUGUUCCUCAGGAUAGUGGUGAUGUACCUCAGGAUGGUGAUGUUCCUCAGGAUGAUGGUGAUGUACCUCAGGAUGGUGAUGAUGUACCUCAGGAUAGUGAUGUUGUACCUCAGGAUGGUGAUGAUGAUGGUGAUGGUGAUGAUGUACCUCAAGAUGGUGAUGAUGUACCUCAAGAUGGUGAUGAUGUACCUCAAGAUGGUGAUGUACCUCAAGAUGGUGAUGAUGUACCUCAAGAUGGUGAUGAUGUACCUCAAGAUGGUGAUGAUGUACCUCAAGAUGGUGAUGAUGUACCUCAAGAUGGUGAUGAUGUACCUCAAGAUGGUGAUGAUGUUCAUAAAGAUUCUUGGAGCUGCUUCAUUCGUAAAUAUCAGUUUUAG